AUGGGAGAAGGAUGUGGGGACAAAAUGGGAUUUGACAUCCGUCUUCUUGAGGAGUGGGUUCUAAACUCCUCUUUCCUGAAGAGGAACAAUAAAGAACUAGUAAAGAGGUUGAGUAUUCCACCCCCUGAUUCAAAACAGUUGCAUUUUGCAACCCGCUUUGCUCAAAACGGUUGGGGACAGUUCAAAUCCUGUCUCUGGAAACAACAAUUGUCUUACUGGAGAAGUCCUUCGUACAACUUGACGCGUUCUCUGUAUAUGGUUUUUGCUUCUUUGCUUUUUGGGACACUGUUUUGGGAUCAGGGGAAGAAAAUAAAUAACCAGCAGAGCUUGUUCAAUAUCUUUGGUUCAAUGUUCAGCGCUGUGAUCUUUUGUGGCAUAAGUAACGCCUCUUCAGUCUUACCGUAUGUCUCCACAGAGCGAACUGUUCUGUAUCGGGAAAGAUUUGCUGGGAUGUAUGCUUCAUGGGCUUAUGCUCUUGCCCAGGUGAUAAUUGAGGUUCCUUAUCUCUUGGCCCAAGUCCUUGUGUUUGUGAUCAUCACAUAUCCGAUGAUUGGGUACUAUUGGUCAGCUUAUAAGGUUUUUUGGUACUUCUAUGCCAUGUUCUGUACCUUACUGUACUUCACUUAUUUGGGGAUGCUGCUUGUUUCAAUGACACCAAGCUUUCCGGUAGCUGCAAUUCUACAGUCUGCCUUUUACACGUUGCUUAACCUAUUUUCUGGGUUUUUGCUACCUCAGCCGCAAAUUCCAAAGUGGUGGCUGUGGUUAUACUAUAUAACACCAUCAUCUUGGUCACUAAAUGGUAUGCUUACUUCUCAAUAUGGAGAUGUAGGCAAGAAUAUUACUGUGUUUGGAGAAACCAAAACAGUAGCAGCCUUUUUAAGGGAUUACUUCGGAUUUCACCAUGAUCGCUUACCUAUUGUGGCUGUUGUCCUGAUUCUAUACCCUAUUCUUUUUGCCUCCCUAUUUGCAUAUUGUAUUGGGAAGUUCAAUUUCCAAAGGAGGUGAAUGUUGUAAAGUAAUUUGUAAUAUGUACUUCUGACCUCUUUUUUGUUCUAUUUUGACGGCAAAUGUCAUUUGCCGAAAUGAUAUAUGGUGAGUUCAGGUCUAAAAGUAAAAGACUUGUGCACUAGAUUACAC